AUGUCGUAUUCAGCGUAUCUCCCAAAUAACUAUCAUGACGAGACAAAAAUUUACAUAAACGGUGUUGAGCUCCUGAACCGACAUGAGCUCUCAUCAACUCAGGAUCGUGAACUUCAACGUUUCAUCGAUAACAAUGCUCAUAUUCUCCAAAUUCAAGAAAAAGAACUUCCGCCUCCACCUCCUCCACGUAAAACACCAUCCCAUAAGUAUGAGGAGAUGAGGAGAAGUUUGAGCCGUGGACCGUCUUCAACUCUGGAAAGAUAUAGUUCGAUGGAUAAACUAUUCGGAUCUCAAAACAAGGAGAAAAAUGUGGAAAUUGAGCAAGGGAUCAACCCGAGAGAUCUUCCCAUCUGUCCCAACAUCGAAGGUCACAACUACACUAAUGAAUUUCCUGGUCUCGAAUAUUUAUCGGAUAACAAGUUUAUCGAGGAUUUGAUCAAAGACGGUCAGGUAUCUAUCGGUAACACUGGAAUGAUCAGUCAACCUGGUUCCCGUGUUGGAUCUGCAAUGAGCAACCCAUAUUCUCAAACACAUUCGGCAACUUCAACUCUCAACCGUCAAUCUCAAUCUAACACCCUUCCUCAUCAUUUGCCGCAGUAUCAGCAGUUCCAUCGCCACGCUUCGCCACCCGUAGCCGCACCACAACAUCAAAACAACACCAAUUAUUACACUGAGAAUACAUCAACUACCACCACCUACCAACCGACUAGUGUAACAUAUGGAAGUUCGAAUGCCAGCCAAUAUGGAGGUCAGAGUCAAUAUGGUGGAAGCCAGAGCCAAUAUGGAGGUCAGAGCCAGUACGGUGGCAGUCAGAGUCAAUAUGGAAGUUUGAGCAAUGUUGGAACUGGAAGUACUUAUGGAACACUGAAGGGAGGAAUGAAACAUACUUCUACUCUUCCACCAACCAGUCCUUACAGUAGUCUGAAGAGAAAAGGCGUGAGCUGGCUUGAUCAAGAACGUGCUCGUUCGUUGUCUCCCGGUUUACACCAAUCUACUUCUACAACUCGUCAAGUUCUUCAUCAGUAUAACCGUCCAGCCUCGACUAUUCACACAACAACUUAUACCACCACAUAUUAA